AUGCCUCUGCCGCCCUUACGUUGUUCUUUCACUUCGACUUACCUCGAUGCUCCCGAGCUGGGUACGCCAUCCAAAUCCUGCGAGUUCUUGGAGGCCGCAGAUGCAGGGAAAGUACAUCGUAGAAGGAAGAAGAGCAGGGAUCGCCAGGAAGACAAUCACAAUGCCAACAGUGGACAAGGCAGAUACUGCGCGUCAUGGAGAUCCACCGGCGACAUGAGGGACAAACUCACAACGACGGCAAGGAUGCCGCAGACAAUCGGUUUUCAUAUUGACUGGUGGAUUGGAAGGGUUGCUUCGGCGGCGGCAGAGGUGGAUAUCAAGGCUCUGUGUGCGAGCAUGAUGUUGUGGAGGGAGAGGAACGAGGUCUCUCCGUACUUGACGUGGCGAAAUCGUCGAGUCCUGGAUCAUCGGAAGGACGGACAGGCACCAGGAGCAGCCGCGGAUUCGUCAUCUGUUCAUGGGACACACUGGGACAUACUGCUGCGUGGUGUGGUUCAAACGAGUCAGGAUAUGCACCAGAGACGGAAGUGGAACGUGAGAGUAGCAAAGAAUGCGGUGGUAUGGUGUCAGCUGGAGGUCAAUCAAGCCGCAAGAUGGGGCAAGUUCGUAGAAGACGUUGAGGGUGGAUUUCGGCUGGACAGGCGGCUCGAAGAUGGCGCAGAAGCGGAAGAACGAACGUUGUAUCUUGGAUAUCGCAGAAAAGUCAGGAAGCCUGCUGAUAGGGCCGCGUCGGACAAUCAUGGCGGAAAGACCGGAGACGGAGUUGUGGGGAGGGUUUUCGCUAUUGAUACCGACCGACUCGCUGUGGAUGACGCCACGGUAGAUGAACCUUUGACCAGAGACCAAGAAACUGCUCCAGGCUGCGUGGACAAAUUGCAAAAAGGUAAUACAGCCUGCGAAGCGACCGAGUAUACCCCUGAAAUUACGACUCAAUCAUGUUCAGUCGCCUGA